AUGUCAUGGUCCAGCCCUGCAGCCCAGUAUAUUUACGUGCUUGUGAUUCAGUUACAUUUGUGGUUUAUCCUGAAGACAGCAUUCUCACCGAGUAAUCAAGCCAUGGCACCUAUAGCGUUGAAAAUCCUCCUCUUUACCUCUCUCAUUGUCCCUUCCAUCUCGCUAUCCGACCAAGCGAGGAAUGGUCAUGCAAGAACCAUAUGCGAAGUCAAACCAGGCGGAUCCUCAGAAAUUGAUGAUGUGCCUGCAAUUGUCGACGCGCUGACUACCUGUGGUUCCGGUGGUCGGGUGAUAUUCUCAAAUAACACUUACCAUAUCAACUCUGUUAUGAACACGACAUGGCUCGAUGAUGUGGAGAUUGAUCUACAGGGUACACUCUUGUGGAGCACCAACAUCUCCUACUGGCUUAACCACUCCCUCCCCGUCGGCUACCAGAAUCAAUCCACUGCCUGGAUCUUGGGUGGCAAAGACAUUGUCUUUGAAGGACAUGGAUACGGAACAUUCAAUGGAAGUGGCCAAACCUGGUAUAAAUAUGUUGGAUCGACGUCGAAUUACCCACGGCGACCGAACCAGCUGACGGUCUCGGGAGCAAUGGGCGCAGUCUUCAAGGGGUUGCGAUUCGUGCAGAGCCAGAUGUGGACAAUGUCUAUCAUUCACACCUCGAACUCGUGGUUCGAUUCCAUCUACGUGAACAAUCUGUAUGAUGACGGCGAUUCAGCACAGAACACCGACGGUGCAAAUACUAUCUACAGCAAAAACAUCACAUUCACGAACUGGGAAGUCGUCAACGGUGAUGAUAGUAUCAGCACGAAAGCCAAUUCUACAGAUAUCACGAUCGCAAACUGCACCUUCACUAGCGGCCUAGGAAUUGCCAUCGGGAGUAUUGGCCAAUAUAAUGGUGCUUUUGAGACUGUUGAACGCCUUAAAAUUUCAAACAUCACAUAUGAGAAGACAACUCAUGCCGUGUACUUCAAGACUUGGACGGGUGACCAGGUCGGAUAUCCGCCUAAUGGAGGCGGCGGGGGUUUGGGAUAUGCAUCCGACAUCGUCGCAACCAACUUGAAGACCAACAACCUCAAAGGUGCUCCAUUUACAAUCUCUCAGUGUACGACGUUCUCUGGUGCUUCAGGGAACUGCACCAAUUCCAAAUUUCAGAUUCGCGAUCUUGUCUUCACCGAUAUCUCUGGAACUACAGACUCCUCAGAUGUUGCGAGCUUUCAGUGUAGUGCUGUUGCCCCGUGUGAAGAUAUCACUAUCGAGAAUGUAAGUUUGCGAAUAGCGGGGAAUACGACCCAUGCAGAAGAGUAUCUGUGUGGGAAUGUGGAUGGGACCGUUGGGUUCAAUUGCACUGGAGAUGUGUGUGUUGGGUCAAGUGCUACUGGGGGAUGUUAG